GUCUGUGGCAUCGAAUGCGUCGCAUGGUUCGACACUUUAGUCCAGAAGCACAGAAAGGAAGAUUACAGAGCCAUCGCUGCCGAUCAACAGCACAUUAUCGACUUCGCCAAUGGCCAUCACGUGAGGCAGAAGCAUCUCCUGCCGUCCAUUGGUUGGUCGUCGGAUGAAUGGAAGGCAGCAUUGCAAAAUGCUUGGAACACAUGGACCGACCAAUUUGCAGGGCAGACUGAUUGGGCUUCCAUUCAGAU